CAGCAGCAGCAGCAGCAGCAGCAGCAGCAGCAGCAGCAGCCGCGGGCGAGGGAGGCCAUGUCGCGACUUUUAAGCAUAAGAGGCACGGUGCGGGCAACGACUCAGGACCAGCAUUUUUUGUUGGUCGUGGGGAACCAGGGGACCCCUGAUCGGUCGCGCGGCUGACGUGGACUUGGAUUGAUUGAUGGAAGUUCGCGUUUCCCUCCCUGGGAUGGUUAUGUGGCCUGUCGGAUUAUUGGAUGGUCUUGAAUGGCCCGCGGUGGGUCUUGUGGGGGGUUUCGUCGUUUUUUUUUUUGUUUCCUUCUCUUUAUCUUGACUUCUUACGCGGUGCACGGACACGGUCCGGACCGUUCUUUUUUGUCCAUCGUGCGCUGCUUCAAGGCAGACAUGAACCACGCCGAUCCCUGCACUGCUUUUCGGGGUCUUUUCUCUUUUCUGUCAGUUUGAUUAUUGAUGGACUUAGGGUUUGGAGAAGACCAACUGUGCUUUGCAAAAACUAAAAAUUUUGUCCCUUGCAGUUGUCAUCAACUUGUUUGGACCUGCAGUGGUGAGUGGCUGAGACAUGAGUCAAAGCCACCAAACAUGAGGCUCGUUAUUAUACGAACGUGACUCAACAUUAUCUAACCAUUGUCAAAGCAAGUACCUGAAAGAUACAACCUAAUAAUAGACGGUGACAAUGUGGCACCAAGAAAUGCGGGGUAUAAAACCAUCUUUACUCCCUUGUGGAGGUUACAAAAGAGGAACAAG